UAACAUUGGGAGGUCCGUUACAUCUUUUUAAAUGGUUAUCCAUGUUUAAAGUGAAGUUGAGAUUUUCUUCGGUUGAGUAUCUUUAAAGCAUUCCAAUCAAAUACAUAAUACGAAGUAAUGCCCCCGAUUUCUUUUCGACGCGGUGUUUUCUGUUGGUAAUAGUGUUCAAAAUAACAUGUUUCCGAGUUUUAAUCCCAUUUUGGGAACGGGUAUUGAAACUACAUCUACAGUUCCAACCCUUCGAUGCGACAGUUCGACGGGAAGUGUAAGUGGUGGAUUGAAGUGCGGUUGGUUAUUGCAGAAAUUUUUUGAUGGAUUGGUUCCUGUGACAAGAUUAUGGGGUGUUAUGACUGCUAUCGUUUUGGCUGGCGUUGGUGUCGAAUUAUCGUUUCAUAGACAUCGAAUUGGAUACUAUCUCCUAGGCUGCUCGACGUUUGUGUUGAUAGCGGAAGUUACGUGGGUUGCAACACUUUUCCUACAAAUCUGCGUCAGAAACGAUCACAAAUUAUGGAAGUACUGGAAGGGAGUUACGUGGUUCUCGGUUUGGAAAAAAACACUAAUUUAUGCUCCAAUGAGUGUAUUACCUUUGAUUUGGCCACAUAAACUUUGGUUAUCAUAUGUCGCUAGUGGACAACUUCUUUCGUUGGCCCUGUUCCAUCUGAUAUUGUCAUUUCAAAGUAAAAAGAAGAAAAGAAGGAGGAAAGAUCAUUUGUUACAUACAGACGGCGACAGUUUUGAAAGCAAAUUUGAAGAAAUAACCGAAUGCCUAGACGACUGUCUUCCAGAACCGAUACCGGGCAGUAGUCAUUCAAUUUCCGAUAGUUUAGUUGAACAAGAUACCAUUCUUGAAAUUUGACCCGAAGUGCACAAACCACCUGAUCUCUUUAAACACAUUGUGGACUCGGGUAAUUGGAGCGAAGAAGAAACAAGUGAUUCUCCAGUGAAUAUUCCAUAAACAGAUUUUUUUUUUAUAAAACGUAACGAUUGGAGUUUCGCAAUUUCUUGUAUAGAUAUAUUUUUUAUUCAUACAACACCUAUUUGCUUGAAUUUUUUGCUAAACUUUCUUAGAUCACAGUUGAAAGGUAUAUGUUUGCUAUGUAUUCACCUUCAUGUUUUAGCAUAAUGACAUGGAAAUUUAUUAGAUAGAGGAGCUAUCUGUUUAUUUAUAUUAAGUUUUCUAAGUGUGAGAUUAUGAGUAUGUCAAUGCGUAACUUAGCAAAUAGUCUGUGAAAGUAAGAAGUCUUAAAACAAGUUCACUACACAUUAAUUUAUUCCAAAAUAAAGAAGUUAACGUUAACUUCUUAAAGAAUUCUUCUGUUCUCAAUUUUAGUUAUUAGAUGAAUAUCUCACUGUGUUUUUAUUAGAACAUAGAAAUUGUGAUCCAAACGUAAAGCAAUCCUGCUUAGUAAGGAUACAAAGUUUUCACUGACGAUGAGGGCCAAGUACAUAUUGAAGAUCAACUAUGGUUCCAAAACUGCACAAUGGAUCAGACCAUAGUGCAACUAUAAGAAUGAUAAGUCAACAAUUAAUUUUAAGCAUUUGUACGGUAAAUAACUAUGCGGAUGUUGAAAGAACGUUUUCGUUGUUCUUAUUGAGAAAAUUACUAAUUAUAUUUCACUUUUUCUCAGAAUUGUAAUAUGUCAUUCUAAAGAAUAUUCCAACAUUUAAAAGACUUUGACCGGCGAGUUAAAAGCAAUACCAGUUGAAAGUGUUCAACGGUUUUACAAACACUGAGAGUAUCUCUCCGAAUGGAUUACUUUCGAGGACACUGCAUUGGAUUGUAUGGAUAAAGUUUUGAUAAUGGAAAAUUAGUUUCAUUAUUUUUUUUUUCAAAAAUCUAGUACGUAUGGAAAAACCAAUUUGUAGAACAGUAAUAAGUAACACACAAAUAAAAUAAAUUUAUAAAGACGAAGCAAUUACAUUAAAAUAAUCCAGUCACACCAAUAAGGUGAAGAAAAUAGUUGAUGACAUCAACACUUUCCCAGUCUUUUACUAGAAUUCUAAUAGGUUUGUUCCAACUGACAAUUAUUAAUUAGUAGCGAGAUUAUUCAGAAACUGCACAAUCCCUAAUAUAUCAAAUUAGAACGGUAUGAAGACGCUAUUUCCAAUAUUUUCAAUGCGAUUGAUCAAUUAUUUAUUUUUAAAACUUAAAAACGUACAGUUGGAAUAUAACAGUCCAGCUUUCCUCUGAAAGUAUAUGGAUAUUAAAUUUUAGUUUGUUAAGGAAAAUACUGAUUUACACAUACUAGAAAUGUGGAAGGUUGAAAGAAAUUAUACCUUCUCACCAUGUCAACUACCCUCUAUUAAGAAGGUUCAAAAGAUACAAUUGAAAUAUCUCGUAUCAAAAUUAUACUGGUGUUUGACGGAAAAAUAUUGCCCUCGUUAGAUGGAAAAAGUUUGUUUAAAUUGUUUAACAUGGCUUAUUUCUCAGCUGACAUUUCGAAUAUAAUGAGCUCCAACAUGAACGGAAAUCCUAUUUUUUUAUAUCACUAUCAUUGCCAUUGGACAUAUAAUUCACAUUUGAAAGCAUGUUUGCAGCUAUAGAUGUAGCUUGUAGCAGCUUUUAUUUUGGAUCAAUGAAAACUUAUAUUACGUAUAAUUUCAUGCCGAAAAUUUCAAUUCUGAAAAAAAUUAUGGGAUGACUAGAUCUUUUUUUGAAUUUUUGCUUGGCUUGAUAAUAUUUUUGACUGAUAUCAGCUGUUUGCCUAACCUUUUCCUGUAUUUUUGGCAAAAUAAGUCCCGCCACGUUUCCGAAGUCAUAAUCUACUAUUUCACGACAGAGUGCAUUGAAGAGUAUUUUCUCAACAAGCGAUUUAAAUUACAUUUUGGUAAGUCUUUCACAUAAUGUACCACUGUUUUAAUAUACGAUGUUCACUCUAUACGUUCUGUUCACAAUGGUAGCUGCUACAAUCCACAACACGUGUGACCAACGCGUAUUUAAACGUAUUUAAAGGCAAAAUGGACUUUCCCAACAUUUCCAAAAAUAAAAAACACUAAGUUAAAUGAAUAAAAUUGUGUUCUUUGUGACUGUAAUCAUCAAAUAAUUUUUCUUUUUGACUCGUUCAAACUAGAAAUCAUUUUUGCUCGAAAUAUUAAUCAAUUCAUCCAAUAUUAAAAAUUUGCUCGAUUUGUUUAGUAUGCAAAUAUUGUAAGAGAGUAAAAAUAAUAUUUAAUAUCAAAUUAAACGAUAACUAUUUCUCAGGAUCAUGUAUUGUUCGCGAACGGCUACAAAAUCAGAUGAAACGUCUCUACAACAUUUGAAAAACCUUUUUAGUACUGCACUUGUACGAUUUCAAUUGAGUUGGAACAUACCUUCUUUAUUCAAACAAAUACUAGACUUUUUUUUUAUUCUCAAAUAUUUUAGAAGUAAAUUCGCCCGCUGCGUGCUUAAGGAAUGCAUUAUGCUAAAAUACUGAUAUCAUUAAGUCAACGAGAUCUUUUUAUCUUUCUAGAUUCUAGUCUCACACGUAUUUUUUUUAUUAAACAUGACUAUAGUGAGAAUAAAGAUGUAAGCGAAAUUUCAAUUUGACAAAUAAGUUGCUUAAUAUAUGUAAAUCAAUUUGUUUAUUCGUAAUAUCAACAUGCCAAUAUUUUUUUUACUGUAAUCUAUUUAAUAAGUAGUCUUUGACCACUGAUUGAUGAUAUAUUUUAACUGAAACUUCAUAUACAGGGUAAUUUACUGACGGUAGUUAGCGAUUGUUAUAUAUUUGAUUUUCAAAAACAUUGGGAAAAUUUAAUGAUAGCGACAGGACAUAUUUUUUCAUUAUUUUUCUUGAUAAAAAAUGGAAGGGUUUAACAAGAUGAUUAAAUGAAGCCUAAAUGAAGUUUUAUGGAACAGUAUCGAAUCUAAUUUCACACCAAUGUGUCAAAACUUCCUAACAACUUCUGUAAGGUAUGAACUCCCCCAGUAAGUCUCCUCAAGCUUAUUGGCUUGCGUUUAAUAACAACCCUUUUGGUUUUUCACAUUUUGUCACAGAAAUUAAAUGAUAUUAAUGAAUUUCUUCCCUUCCGUCUUGGAAAAACAAAGCGGAUGAUUGCAUCAUAGGUUUACUUAUAUGAGUUAAAAUCAAGGGUCACUUGACAGUGGAAGCAUUCUGAAUCUUGAAGACAAAAAAAAUAACAUCAAAGUGGGAACAAACUGAAGAAAUGUUGACCGUUAUCACAGAGAUGAUGUCCGCCACAAACAUGCUUCCAAAGGUCACCCGAUCACCAAGAAAUAAUACCUUGAGGAACCGACUCUGCAUAAAUAAAAUGAUGAAGCUAUCGAAACAUAAAAGAUAAUAAAAGUGUUGCAUUCUUUUCACAAACUUAUUCUCUGUCAAACGCUGCAAAAUAAAGUUCCUUCUAAUUGUGAAAUUUGUUUAGGAAAAUCUAAACACAAAUUUUUAAUACCUAAUUGACGCAGUUGGCAGGAUACGCAUGAGCUUCGAAAAAUAUUGUUCUCAUAGUGUGGUGAGUGAAACUGAGAACCUUUUAACACCUUAAUUGCGUUUGACCAAAUCCACGAGCGCUAAACUUGCCAAACAAACUAUAAAUCCCUUUAACUACUUUACUUUUCCAAACACCAUGGUACGAAGAUUUUGAAAGAAGUAAGUUCAUAGCGAACAAUUUUAUUGUGUAUUACAACAUUAGCUUCAUAUCAAUGUUCAGUUUAUUUAUUUUCUGGCAUUAAUGAAAUAACAGGUGGAAUUUAAAUAUAAAAGAGGAAUGUUUUUAUUAUCCUUUAUGUUUCGAUAGUUAUGUCAUCAUUAUAAUUAAGCAAACGCUCCCUCUUCAUAUAAAAGGUAGCUAAAUUUAACAAAGUAUCACGGCUUACGACAGUCUCUGAACAGUCCAUACGUAGGUCCGUGUAAAAAGUAUUGCUCCAAAGGUACUAGUUCAAUGAAAAAUAGACAUUAAAAACUAAUGAGACGAUUACACCGAAAAUUAAUUUCUACGUCUGAUUUAAGAAGUGGAGAAUCGCUAGAGACAUGUCAUUCGAUCGAAUCGGGAUUAUUGUAAGAGAUGUUACUAGCUAGAUAAUGAAGAAUAAUACCAAAAAAGACAAUUAUAGUCCCAAUAUCAUUGAAACAAGGCUAGUAUCUGUACGUUAUGCAGCUGUAAAUAAAUAGUGACAAGUGAUAUCAUUUUAAACCGCAGAAGAGCCUUUAAAAGAAAAGUAUUGAGAAAUAGUAGUAACAUCUCAAUAUUGAUAAAGACGGAAAAUUAUAUUUGAAUUUGUGAAUAAAUUGAUUGGAAAAGAAGACUUGGAUACAAGAAUGAUAUACUUGGUUGAAUAAAUGUAUGUUUUUGAUAAAUAGCCUAGUUGAAAUAAUAUUUAAUCGUUACUUCCUUCAACAUAUUUUAGAUUCCAUAAACCAACUGAUUUAGUUACCCAGAUAUGAAUAUUUCGAUAAAAACCCAACAGUAACCUAUAAGCCUGGAAAUGUACUUCGUUUUUUUAGUACAACAAAAUUCCAAUCAACUCCAUUCGAAUUACUGUAAUCAGAUCAGCUUUCAGGCAUAUGAGAUUAUUCAGAGUUUGAACUAUAUGUCUAUCGAUCUUUUUCUAGAUGAAACACUUCGUAACUAGUUCAAACGACCUGGAACGUCCAUUAUAGAAAACUUGUUGUAGUAGUGGACCCAAUUGUAAACACACGUUCGGAAGACAACUUUUAUCAACAACGAUAAGAUCUAGAUCUGCUCGUGAUAUAAAAAGAUUUCAGUUAAUAGAUUUUGUGAUAAAGAAUUGAAAAUGAAGAAUUAUGCGGUUUACGUAAGCAAUGAUUCUCCACAUUCCCUCACCGUCGGAUUGGCCAUGGCAGUGAAUUGGAAUGACCAAUUCCAGUAAAAGUUAAGUAAAAACAUGAAGCCAUAAAAUAGUAAAAUUUGAAUACAUAUCUUGGAAACGCUUUAUACUUCGAAGAUCAAGAGAGAAUAACUUUUUCCCACAGAAAUUAAUUAAGAGAGGGGCAAAAAUUUGCAGCUUUUUUUAUCUCAUUCAUAUGACGCAAGUAGCGACACCUAAGAGUUCAUUAGAAUGCUGGGUAUUCAAUUAAUUUUCUCAAGAAAUCCAGAACAAAUCUUAUGUUUCUAAGAAGCAAUCAUUAAUAUUGACGAAAUAGUUAUUUUCCUAACAAGUGCGGAAAGUGAUACUUUCCCGCACGCGACUGCAGUUGUCCCGAACGACGCGGAGCGGAAUUCGGGCAAGUGGUCAAGUGCGGGAAAGACACUUUACGCAUGAGUUAGGAACAUUAUUUUUUCUACGACCGUAUAUACAAAAAAGUAUACCAACCCAUUUUUCUAAAAUUAUUUUAUUUCCACAAACAUAAUAAUAUACAAAAUUUAUACAAAACUAUAAAAAUAUAACUAAAAACUACAAAUUAUUAUAAAUAUUAAUAUUGAAAACACAAUUUGUUGCAUUCUUUAGACUAGUAAGAAUUGCCGGCCCAGUGGAGUUAUUUGGUUUCAACUGGAAGGCAGAUGACGUCGGUGAGGAUGGCAUCAGUUGCAGAUCGCAUAAAGAUGACGAUGACGGUGACGGCAACAGUUUUAAGUCAUUUGUAGAACAGAGAAACUUUUUACCAUCGAAUAGCGGGACCAUAAUGUAUUAGAUUUCAAAACCUUAUUAGGUCUGAAAAAUACGCCAGAAAUACCUCUUCCUUAUAAGUUUUGGCCCCUUUCUCCUUAUACCAUGUAACAAAAUGGUCGUAUUGCUUCUCAUACUUUAGUCUGGAUUUGGCAGGUAACAGUUCGGAAUUAGCUUCAUUUGCAGCCUUCAAAAUGGCUUCGGGAAGUUCUUCGUCGGAUGAAUCCAUUAAUAUUAUUGUAUCGGAUUGGGUUUAAUAUGGUUUAAUUUAGAAGAAGAUUGUUCUUAUUCGGUCACUUCCAAGACGUUUUGAACAACUUUGACAUUUUAGUAACAAUUACACGCUUGGGUUGUCAUAGCAACUGAUAUCAAACCCGGGUGGUUUGAUAGUUGUUUCUCCUUUGAAGAAUGUCACUUUCCCGCACUAGUGCGGGAAAGUGACACUUUCAAAACUAAAAUGCGUGCGGGAAAGUGGGUUAAAACGCACGGUCGUAGAAAAAUAUUAUUUUUGCCUACUAAACGUGUAAAAACGUCUAAAAAGUACAUAUUGGCUCAUUACUUAGGGUAUUAACUAACCUCACAAAACGACAUGAAUUUUUCUUCAUCCACCAUAGACUUACUCUUAGUGACAAUACUCACAAGCUUGAAUAAACAUUAAAAUUCAGUUGAAAAAGUGAAAAAUUUGAAUUUAGGACAGAUUUGGAUGAAAUGGUUUUAUAAUAUGAGUUAGUAUCACUGAAUAGAACAGAAUAUUGAAAAAUUUGCUCAUUGUCGAAGACUCAACUUUAACUUUGGUAAGAAUAUUAGGAUUCAACUGAUAAUUUGGUUUUAUUCAUAUCCUUUCUCUCUAUAAUUCACCAUAUUAUUCAAAUGUUCAGUAUAGUAUUCACACCAUAUAUGGUUGCUUAUAAUUCAUCUCUUUGUGUUUUGGAUCCUCUUUCGUAAAAUCUAUAUUCAGUAUGAAUAAAUUUAAAUAGGGAAUAACAUCUGUAGAAUUCGCGUUGUUUUGCAAUUAGAUCGUUUGGUUCGCCUUUAAUUUCUCAUUUACGUUGCUCUAGAUCUGUUAUUUUCAAAAUAAGUAUCUUUAAUUUCAAAGCUACUAAAUUUGAUAAGAUUUUGUUGACAUGUUGAUAAUCUUAAUUGUUGUAAAUAUUGAAUGUGCCAAAUUUUAAAUGCCACGUUUGUUUUUAAAUAAAAUUUAUGCCUAAUUAAAUUUUUUACGAUGUGUUAUAAUAAAUGUACUCCUAUUUAUAUGUAAAUAUAAUUAUAAAUAAAUACAUGGUUUCUAAAAAA